UCCUCUAAAUAAUUGUUGGGAACCAUUAAAGCAAAACUCAAAAAGAGCCAAAGGGGAAAAGGAAGGAGAAUACUCUAAAGGCUCUUUCUUUUUAUUACUCAAUCCUGCUUAAGAUUUGUUGAAAGCACAUAGAAAAAGGGGAAAACCCCUUUUAUUAAUUGGACUCAAAUUGAUCCAUUGAUUGUUAACUGAUUGAUUGAAAGAUCGAUUCUUGUUCUGGGUUAUAUUUGAUUUGAAUUUAACAAGAGAAAAAAAUGGUGUCAGCAAAUAAGGAAAUGGUUGUUUACUGCUUUGAUACAUUGGUGGCUCACUUCAACAAAGAACAGCCUCCUCCUCCUGCUUUUGAUGAGGGUGAACACCCAUUAUUUGUGACUUGGAAGAAAACAGUGAAUGGUGGGGAGCCUCGGUUGCGAGGAUGCAUUGGCACUCUGGAAGCUCGCUGCAUUGUUAAUGGUUUUAGGGAUUAUGCUCUAACAAGUGCCCUCAGGGACCGCCGUUUCCCCCCAAUACAGGCUAAAGAGUUACCUACUUUACAGUGUACAGUUUCAAUUCUAACUAAUUAUGAAACUGCAGCUAACUACCUAGACUGGGAGGUAGGUACGCAUGGGAUAAUCAUUGAAUUCACUGACCCUAACUAUAACACAAAGAGAAACGCCACAUACCUACCUGAGGUCGCUGCUCAUGAAGGGUGGACAGUGAUAGAAGCAAUUGACUCAUUGAUACGCAAAGCAGGUUACGAAGGACCUAUAACAGAAUCACUGAGGAAACGAAUACGUUUAACUCGAUACCAGAGCACAUUAUUUACUAUGCACUACAGUGAAUAUGUGGCUUAUGUGAAGAAUACCCGAGGUCUCGCUCCAGCUAUUAAUGGUGUGAAACCUUGAAAGUAUGGAUUGUUUGGAAGAACCUUCCUCUGCGACCAGUGGAUUAUUAUGGUUGACUGGAAGAUUGAACUCUUCUAAAUUAAUGGUUGGAAUACUUUGUUAUAAAUUCCAACCCUCUCCAGUGAUUGUUGUCACAAUUGUCUUACAUUGUUCUUCAAGACUGAAAUUGAACUCAUAUUCAGUGCCAAGUGCACGAAAAAAAUUCAAGUUUGACAGUUUCUCUUAAGAAGCUGCAUUUGUGGUUAUAAUAUAAUUGUCUGCUUUCUGUGCUUAAAAUCUUA